AUGGGAAAAAAGAAGCCGACAGCUCGUGAGGAGGACGGAGGCGCAGUUGGGAGCAAGUCGAGGAAGAAAGCUGUAGUAAUUGAUGAUGAUGAAUACUCUGUUGGAACAGAAGUGUCCGAGGAGAAAUCAGUUCAGGAAGAAGAGCAUGUGGCACCGGUUGCUGGUAAGAAAAAAGGUAAGAAAGGUAAGAAUUCGCGAAUAAAAGAAGAAGAAGAAGAUGUGGAGGAUGGUGAUAAUCCUCAGGAGAGUCAAUUUACCGGGAAGAAGAAAUCAAAGUCCAAAGCGAAAAAAGGUGGGAGUUCAUUUGGUGCUUCAACAUCAUUUGCAUUACUUGGUGACGAAGAUGAUGAAACUUCUGAAGUAACAAAGGAUGAAGAAGACGAUGUCAGUGAGGAAGAGGAUACUAGCCUUGUCUUUACUGGAAAGAAGAAGCCAUCAAAGUCCAAAAAGGGAGGUAAUUCAUUUGCUGGUUCUGCAUUUGCUGCAAUUGGGGAUGAUGAUGAUGUUGAAGAUUUACUAGAGGAAUCAGGAUCAAAACAACAAUCUGAGGAUGAAGAUGAGCCAGUCAUUUCCUUUACAGGGAAGAAGAAAUCAUCCAAAUCUAAUAAGAAAACCAGUGGUAGUAUAUUUUCAGCUGCACAUUUGCUAGAUGAAGAAAACGAGAAAGAAAGUGAUGAGGAGGAUGAUGUCCCCAUUACCUUCUCUGGUAAGAAGAAGUCUACCAAGUCAUCAAAGAAGAAAACCAGUCCACCUGAUGUUGCAUUAGCUGGUGGAGGGACAGAUGAAGAUGUUUCAGUUUCAGGGUUGACUGAUGAAGACUCUUCUACAAUAAAGUUUUCUGGUAAAAAGAAGUCAUCCAAGAAGAAAAACAGUAACACAGUGAAUGCAGUUGAUGAACAAGAACAGCCUAGCACCAGCAUUACUAACAAAGAAGCUGAUGUUGUACCAGAAACUUCCAAAAACAAAAAGAAGAAAAAGAAAGGUGGAAGAACAGCUCAGGAAGAAGAUGACCUGGACAGAAUUCUUGCUGAACUUGGUGAAACUUCCGCCCCUGCCUCUGCCCCUCCCCCACCUUCUGCCACUGUAGAACAGCCACAGGAUGAGAAGGCUCAACCUGAGGCAGAACCAGCAGAUGAAGGUGGUGAAAAGGAUACGAAUGAAGAGGCUGUAGAGUCUGCAGCUGCUAAAAAAAAGAAAAAGAAGAAAGAAAAGGAAAAAGAAAAGAAAGCUGCAGGGUUAAAGACAGCUGCAGCCCCUGUUGUGGAGGAAAAACAAGUGGAAUCAAAGAGUAAAGUACCUGAUAAGAAGGUUCCAAAACAUGUUAGAGAGAUGCAAGAAAGACUCGCAAGGCUUAAAGAAGCCGAGGAAAAGAAGAAAAGAGAAGAAGAGGAGAAGCUAAGGAAAGAAGAAGAGGAGCGUUUAAAACAAGAAGAACUUGAAAGGAUUGCAGAAGAGAAAAAACGUUUGAAGAAGGAAAGAGAAAAGGAAAAAAUGUUGAAGAAGAAACAAGAAGGAAAACUUUUGACAGCAAAACAGAAGGAAGAAGCCCGAAGAUUGGAGGCAAUGAGGAAUCAAAUACUAGCAAAUGCUGGUGGUUUGCCUGUAUCUGCACCAACAAAACGACCCAAGUACCAAACAAAAAAAUCAAAGCCACAUGCAAAUGGCAAAGGUCCUUCUGCCAGUGCUAAUGAAGUCACAGAAGCAGAAAAGGUUGAUGAUGUGGAAGUUGAGAAAUCUGAUGACAUGGACAUGGAAAAGAUAGAAGCUCAGUCAGUUGAAGAGAAUGGGAACAAAGAAGAUGAAGAAGAAGAAGAUGAUGAUGAAUGGGAUGCAAAGAGUUGGGAUGAUGCUGAUCUCAAACUGCCAGGUAUAAGUGCAUUUGCUGAUGAGGAGGAAUCCACUGCACCUCAACCUAAACCUGAAUCUGUAACCGUAGUUAAAAAGGAGAUUAAGAGUAGUAAUGAUUCAGGGGCAACUAAUGUACCCAAAGAAAUGCAUCAAAAUCACGAUAGUAAGGAAAAUCAACCUGCAACAGUUGUUGCAAACAAAGGUAAGGGUAAAAAGGAAGAGAAGAAGGAAGAAGAAGAUGGUGAAAAGACGCUUCGGUCCCCAAUAUGCUGCAUUAUGGGUCAUGUUGAUACUGGGAAAACCAAGUUGCUUGAUUGUAUUCGAAGGACUAAUGUUCAAGAAGGUGAAGCUGGAGGAAUCACCCAACAAAUUGGUGCCACAUACAUUCCAGCUGAGAACAUUCGUGAGAGAACAAAAGAAUUGAAAGCUGAUGCAAUACUUAAUGUCCCUGGUUUAUUAGUUAUUGAUACACCUGGCCAUGAGUCCUUCAAGAACUUAAGGUCUCGGGGUUCUGGUUUAUGUGAUAUUGCCAUUUUGGUUGUUGACAUUAUGCAUGGGUUGGAACCACAGACUAUUGAAUCACUAAAUCUGUUGAGAAUGAGGAAUACAGAGUUCAUUGUGGCCUUGAAUAAGGUUGACAGAUUAUAUGGGUGGAAAACAUGUCGCAAUGCACCAAUUGGGAAAGCAAUGAAACUUCAGUCCAAAGAUGUUCAACUUGAAUUCGAGCAUAGGCUCACUCAGAUAAUUACAGAAUUCAAGGAGCAAGGAUUGAAUACCGAAUUGUACAGCAAGAACAAAGACAGAGGAGAAACUUAUAGUAUUGUACCCACAAGUGCUAUCAGGUAG